AUGGCGCUGUUGUUCACGCUUUCGGAUUUGGGGCGGCUCGUGGUGAGUCUCAUCGACAGCUUAGUUGAAAAGCUCCGGAGGGAUGAAGUCCAUAGGUUGCAAAUGCUGCCUGAAGUUGGAGUUGUACUCAGAGACCUGGAGACUCGUGUGAUCCAGAUUCGGCACAUCAUCAGCCCCGCCGAGAAUUCAUUCGCGAUUGCGACUGACCAACAGAUCAAACUUGAAUUGAAGGGAUUGCUAAUGCAACUUAAGAACACGGUUUAUGAUGGUGAAGAUUUAGUGGAAGAGAUCGAGCACGAUGUUCUGCAUCAUGAGGUGGAUCAGCAUCAAUAUGAGGCAAGUAGCCAAUCAUCAUCCUCUUUCAAUUCCUCUAUAGCAAAAAGGACAAGUGCACCUUCUCCUGUUAAACUUCCCGCUUUGAUUAAAGCUGCAGAUAGCAGUGUUUAUAAACUGAGAAAAAUUAAUUUAAGGUUGGGCAGAAUUGCAACUGCAAUUGCAAAGAUUAUCCAAGUUACGAAUUCAGUAGGUGCAGAUGAUGGACAGAAAAUACAUAAUGCAGACUCCGUAAGCAGCAACACAACUUCCUUCUCGGUCGAUGGUAAAAUGUAUGGACGAGACGGAGAAUUCAAUACACUCAGACAACUAUUGUUGAAACCUUCUGUUGGUUCGGGAUCCAGCAAUGGCAGCCUGUCGGUCGUAGCAAUUUUUGGGGUUGGAGGCGUCGGAAAGACAACUCUCGCUCAGCAACUAUACAGAGAUACUAGCAUAACGGAAUAUUUUCAGCUGAAGAUCUGGGUCUAUCUAUCAGAAAACUUCACUGUGAAAAGACUCAUAAAAAAGAUAUUGCAGUCUGCAAAUAUCGACUUUCCCGACCAUAUAAAUUUGGAUAUGCUUCAGGUUGUGGUCAAGAAGAAGAUAGCAUCGAAAAGAUUUUUGCUGGUCAUCGAUGACCUGUGGAAUGCCGAAUGGGACAUGCAUAAAUGGGGCAUGCUUUUUGCAAUGCUAAGGCCUGGAGUGCCCAGCAGCAAGGUGCUCCUGACAACUCGCUUUCCAAGGCUCCCAACUGUGGCUUCCAAUGAAUGUGCAUUCCACCUAGAUAGAAUGGACGAAGAAGAGUUCUGGGAAUUUUUCAAAUUAUGUGCCUUUGGCUCUCAAAGCUCUCAAGAAAAACCACCACUAAUUGACAUUGCAAAGAAGAUGGUUAGCAGACUCAAUGGAUUGCCACUUGCAGCAAGAAUGGUUGGAGAAUGGGUCUCUAUAAGAGAUACUUACAGGGUACAUGUACAGGUUCCCUACUUACAAGAUCUCCAUAAAACCCUGCGUCCUCUAUCAGUAUUUGCAGAGUUUGUUAAGCCAGAAAGGUUAAUGGACAUUUUUGUCAAUGAAAGAUUGAGAACCUUGAUUUUUUCAAGUAUGAAAGAACCAUGGUGUGAGACAAAAAUAUCGGCCAAUCACCUGUUUAACAGACUAAAAUGUAUCCGUGUGUUGAUUUUGCACGACUGUGGAAUGAUUGAGUUGCCUUGGACCAUCAAUCGCUUAAUACACCUCCGGUAUCUUGACAUAUCUGACAACUUUGGCAUUCAGCAACUUCCAGAUUCACUAAGUUAUCUUCACAAUUUGCAGUACUUCGACCUAAACAACUGUCAAGUGCAGACUUUCCCAGCAGGUAUCACUAAUUUAAUCAACCUGAGGCAACUCAUUUCAGUAGAUGAGAUUAUUUCUAAGAUAAACAACAUCGGGAAGCUAAUCAAUCUUCAAACAUUGCCUACAUUCAAAGUGCUAAAGGGUGAUGGGCACAAGCUCACAGAAUUAAGCUCUUUGACACAACUCCAUGGAAGGUUACGAAUUCUCAAUCUUGGGAAUGUUGAGGAUAAAAUGGAAGCCAGUGCAGCUAAACUACACGACAAAGUGCAUCUUGAUGAAUUGGUGUUAGCUUGGACAUCAGACCAGAAUUCCAGCUUCGAUGACAAUGCGUUGCAUGCCUCGGAAGAGAUACUUGAAGAACUGCAACCACAUUCCAAACUCAAAAGUUUGACAAUUAGAGGAUACAAAGGUGCCAGAGCUCCCAGUUGGGUACAUACGGAAACGUUGGCCAGCUUGGAAACUCUUAGAUUGGAGAAUUGUGGAAGAUGGGAGGAUGUUUCAUUUAUUAGGCAAUUGUUGCAUCUCAGAUCCCUUUACUUGAAGGGGAUUCCUGCAAUGAAACAAACAACUCAAGAAUUAUUUGGUCCUAUAGAGAACAAGUUCUUCCAAGGGCUAAAAGAGCUAGUUUUGGAGGGCAUGGACUUACUGGAUGAACUCUCAAGUGAUGAGGUUAUGUUCUGUGGUGUUCUUGAUCCCAUCUUGAUCCGAUCCAGGGAGGCACCUCAUCCAGUAGGUGUGCUGGUUCUAGCAUCAACAGCAUUUGAGAUCAAGGGCAACCAUUUCCCAUGUUUGGAAGAGCUCAAGUUCAGCAACAUGUCAGAAUGGGAAGAGUGGACUUGGACUGGAGACAGCGAGUUGUUUCCCUGCCUGCUUGUUCUUAAGAUUGAAGAUUGCCCCAAGCUCAAGAUGUUGCCCCCACUCCCUCCAUCACUUAUGACACUAGAAUUAUGGCAAAAUGGACUAGUUGAACUUCCAGGACUGUGGAAUAAAAUUAAUGGAAGUAGCAGCAAUAUGAUUGCAUCUCUGUCAAAGUUGUAUGUAUCUGAAUGUCCAAAUCUGAGAAUGCUGGAUCAAGGGCUGCUAUUUCACGACCUACCAAACAUUGAAUCCAUUGAGAUACAUGAAUGUCAGGAACUGCUGUGGCUUCCAGUGAAAAGGUUUAAAGAAUUCACCUCCCUAAAGAAUUUGUCAGUAAAGAACUGCCCCAUGCUUAUGAGCUCGACAGAAUACAAGAGCGACGAACUUCUCCUGCCGCCUUCAAUUCAGAAAUUAACACUGCUAGACUGUGGAAAUCUCAGCGAACCUCUGCCGCGUUGCUUGCUUAAUCUCCCUUCAAUUUCUCAGUUGGAAAUAGGCCAUCCUCCGAGCCAAGGAUGA